AUGGAAUUCUGGAACUCCACCUUGAGAAACGGCUUCAUCUUGGUGGGGAUUCUGGAUGACAGUGGCUCUCCUGAACUGCUCUGUGCCACAAUCACAGCCCUUUACUUCUUGGCCCUAACCAGCAAUGGACUGCUGCUCCUGGUCAUCACAAUGGAUGUCCAACUCCAUGUGCCCAUGUACCUGCUGCUUGGACAACUUUCUCUCAUUGACUUCUUCCUCACAUCAGUUGUUGUUCCCAAAGCUGUCAUGGAUUUUCUGCUGAGAGAUAACACCAUUUCCUUUGGGGAAUGUGCCCUUCAGAUGUUUCUGACACUAACACUGGGUGGUGCAGAGGACCUCCUUUUGGCUUUCAUGUCCUAUGACAGGUAUGUGGCCAUUUGUCAUCCUCUGAACUACAUGAUCUUCAUGAGGCCAAGCAUCUGCUGGCUUGGGAUAGCCACAUCAUGGAUCUUGGGAUUUCUAAGUGCUUUAGGAUAUACUACCUAUACCAUGCAAUAUCCCUUUUGCAAAUCCAGGGAGAUCCUAGACCUAUUCUGUGAGCUCACUCCCUUGCUGAAAAUGGCCUGUGCAGACACCUCUAGAUAUGAACUCAUGGUUUAUGUGAUGGGUGUGACCUUCCUAAUUCCCCCUGUUGCUGCCAUCCUGGCCUCCUAUACAUUAAUUCUGUUCACUGUGCUCCGCAUGCCCUCAAAUGAGGGCAGGAAGAAAGCCCUUGUCACUUGCUCUUCCCACCUAACAGUGGUUGGGUUGUACUAUGGGGCUCUAAUGGUCAUGUACAUUCUACCCAGUUCCUUCCACAGUCCGAAGCAAGACAAUAUCCUCUCUUUUUUCUACACAAUUGUCACCCCUGCUCUGAAUCCCCUCAUCUACAGCCUGAGGAAUAGGGAGGUUAUUGGGGCUUUGAGGAGAGUCCUGGGAAAAGAAUUUAGUCUAAAGUCCACCUGGUAG